GGUAGACUAGCAACCCUUAUUAUCAAACAACACCAGGCCGCCGGCGAGCCCAAGAAGCCAUAAAUAUAUAUACAAAUACAUAUAUAUUCCCAUUCCAAUCGACCCCAAAUGUCAGUUAGCAGUAGCUCGACCGGCUCGACCGGCUCCUCCUGGUCCCGCAGCGUCAAAUCCGACGGGAGGUCCCGGAAGUCGUCGGGUUCCCAGUGGACCAACUCGAGCACCCGGUCGAAGGAGCACCGCCUCCCAGACACUCCCGCCGUCAAAACCUUGGUCUGGUUUGCCGGGGGAAACCCCUCCAGGGUGAAGAAGGUCAAGGUGUACGAGGACACAUAUGAGAGGGACAACGACUCAUGGAGCGGAAGCAGCAGCGGGCGCAGCGGCCGGCUGGAGAUGAAGAAGGAAUACUCGGUCGUCUUCGUCGAGUCCUCGAGCAGCCGGGGCUACGACGGCUCCGGCUACACGCGGCGGUCCGAGUGGAAGGACGUCAGCGGCCGCGCGUCCCGCUCCUCUCGCAGGAGCGGUGGUGAUCCGUGGGCCAAGGGGAGGCGCACCGGCGACGGCGGCGUCAUCGACGACGACGACGACGACUCGGAUGAUGACUCUACGAGGGACGGCGGGCCAACAUACGGCCAGUACGUCCCGGCGCCCCCAAAUGCCGGUCCUGGCGUACAUCCCGGCAUGCAUCAAGGCAUGCAUCAUCCCGGCAUGAGGCCCAUGGGCCCAGCGCAUCCUCCGCAGCCGCCUCCCAAUUUCCAAGCCCGGCCUGGCAUGCCCCCGCAGCAAUUCCGACCACCGCCUGGCAACAUGCCCAUCCGCGGUGGCGGCCCGCCACCGCCGGGUUUUAGACCAGCCUGAAAAGGCGGCAUCAUUGAAGUCUUUAGGGUCCGGCGUUUUAUAGGGUUGGUGGCGCGGCGUUAAAUCAGGUCGCAGGUCUCCCGUGUUUCUCGCGAUACCAUCGUCCGAAUCUGGUUUCUAUUCCUCUUUGUGUCUUAUCCCAUCUAGAUUUCACAUACCCAUAUUAGCAAGGAUCUUGCUGAAGUAUUGCGUUUCUUUAC